AUGAAUUCGCAGCAGCCAUCCAUCCGUUUCACCAUGGAGAUGGAGUGCAACGAGCGCAUUGCCUUUCUAGACACUAUGGUGCACCGUCACACCAGCGGGCGAUUGUACAUCACCGUAUACAGGAAGCCCACGCACACCGAUCAGUACAUUGCUUAUGAUUCGCAUCACCCGAAGUCCGUUAAGCGCGGGGUAGUGAAGUGUCUUUAUGACAGAGCUUCACGCAUCGUUACAAAGCCCCAUUUCACAGCUACAGAGAAGCAACACAUCACCUCGGCUCUUAUUUCUAACGGUUACCUGCGCUCCUUCGUUAACCGCGUCACUAAGAAGAAGAGCGCUCCAUCCGAACAGCCUACGCAAUUUAAAUCCGCUAUAGUAAUCCCGUUUGUUGAUGGUAUCGCGCAUCUUCUCCGCCGGCGCUUGGAGAAGCAUGGCAUCCGAGUUAUAUUCAAGUCCGACAGCAUCCGCAGCCAGCUGGUCUGUCCGAAAGACCGCCCGAUCCCCGACAGACGCGAUGGGGUUGUUUAUAAGAUCCCAUGCUCGACUUGCGACAAAGUCUACAUCGGUGAGACUGGUAGACCUGUGGGGGAACGCAUGAAGGAACAUCGCCGUGAUGUUCGGCUUAGGAGCACUGAUAGCUCUGCUGUUGCAGAACAUGCUUGGGACUCCGAUCAUCCACCUAACUGGGAUGAGGUCAGCUGCAUUGCUAAUGAUAAGCAUUGGUAUACGCGGCGCAUUAAGGAAGCGAUUCAGAUCCGUUUGCACCCGAGUAAUAUCAACAGGGACAACGGCAUUGAGAUCCCUGAUGAAUGGUUACCUACCAUCCGACGGCAUACUGCAUCCACCGUUCACAGCGCGCGGCGCCCGCACCAGCGGGUGCCUGACACCAGCGUGGAUGCUGAUUGGCCGGCUGCAUCGGCCAGUCACAGCGCGCGGUGCACGCUCCAGAGGGCGCCAAGCACCAGCGCGGACCCUGAUUGGCCAGCGGCAUCGGCCAAUCACAGCGCGGCUCACGCCCGAGUGGAGCCAGACAAUAGCUCCCGACGCUAUAUAACCCGUGCGCAGCAGCGUCUUUGCUCAUUGUCUGACGAAGUCUAG